AUGAAGUUCUUCUCCCUCCUCACGGCCGCCCUCCUCCCCAUGAGCCUGCUCGCGGCCCCCGUUGCCGACGAAGUUACCGCCAUCGAGAUCGAGACUCACGCCGCCGCCGACGCUCGCACCGCCGUCGAGGCCCGCGAAGCCGCCGACGUCUCGCCCAACAAACCCGCCCUCAGUCUUGACAAGCGCGAGGUUCAGGCCUGCUAUAUCGUGGGCGGGGCCAGCACUGUCAACUGCCGCUCCGGGCCUAGUACCGACUUCAGCGUGGUGAGGACCGUCAAGAAGGGGGAUGUCUGGGGAUUUACCUGCGUCAGGAAGGGCGAGUGUGUUGUGAUUAAUGGGGCUACUAACUGCGGUUGGGAUUGGUCGUACACGCUUGGCUGCUACAUCAACGGUCACUACACUGACAGCCACUGCACUCUCGACCGGCUUGGCUGGUGCUAG